AUGGAAUAUCCACUUCCAUCGCCAUCUGGUACAUCAAUAAGAUCAAAUAAACCUUAUGUUCCACUUUUGUCACUUGCCCCUCCAGCUGUGGCAUUAGGUGAUGAAUUGGCUGUGGGAGAACCAGGAGAUGACAAUAACGCUGGAGAAAUAUGGAAUGUCAUUACAAGAGCAGCUGAUUUGGUAAAAGAUGGCGAAAGAUUGGAAAAUUUAGCUUGGAGACAUUGGGGACAACCAAGACGUUCGAACUCAGAUGCUACAAGGCGAUUAUCAAUGUCAUCACAAGGUACAACGGCUUCUUCAGCUUCAGCGUCGAUCAACACUCCAGUCGAUCCAUCACCACUAUUACAUCGAAGUAAAAGUUCAGAAAAAUUGACAUUUGGAGGUGCACUUCGAUUGUUAUUAGAAAAAGAUGAAAGUAGUAAUUUCAAAGAUUGGGUGGAAGAUGCAAAGAAACAUCUACCAUUACCUCCAUUAACUACUUCUUCUUCCAUACCGCCCCCACCUACAUUAUCGUUACCUGAUACACCAGUAGCAAAUUUUGAAAUUAGGUUGGUCGAACCUACUCCUGUACCCAGUAGAGUAGGUAGUCUAGGUGGUAGUAUGUCUACUUCAGGGUUGUUAUCUACGAAUACGAAUUCACCUAUCGUACCACCUCCAUUGGAAGAAGAAGUCUUGGAAGAGGAAAAAGAUACUGAAAAAGAAGCCAACGUCUUCAGUAACAAAAUGACCUUGAAUCCUGCUCCAAUCAGAACUCCAUCAAGACGUAAUUCACGUAAUACACAGUCGAAUACAACUUCCAGCUCACCGAAAAAGAAAACUAGUAAAUUCUUCGUACAAUCUUCACCCAGUAAAGGUAGCGGUGAAUCUGAUUCUUCACAUCCAUCACAUACUUCCCCUGCAAUCCCACUCAAACCAACCAAUACUCCGUCGUUACUACCGAACGGUAAACACGCCAGAAGGAGAAGCUCGGGAGAUUCGUCAACUAUAAGCAAAGGUAAACAACCGUCUGAAAAUCAUGCUCAUCAGAAAAGACACGUUUCUCUAUCCACAAUGAAAGGGAAAUAUCACGCAGAAAAGAGAAGAAUGGCAGAGCAACAUUCUGCCAAAAAGGAUAACGAAGAGAGUGGCUGGGAAGAUGAAGAAGAAGAUUUAGGUGAAGAAGAUGAUGAUGCUGAUUGGAGCGACGAAGAAGAAAGUUUGAAAAAGCAAAAAUCUCAAUUGGAGCAAACCGGAACUCAAGAAGGAGAAAGAGAUGCAAGAUCGAAAGAUUCCAACAACAAGAAUAGGAGAAGAUCAACGUCACGUCCUAGAACAGGUCGAACCACUUCAGAUGACCAUACGGAUAUAUUAACUAUGUUGACCAGAAAACCUUCACAUACCGGUGGUCAACCUUCACAUCAACAUAAAGAUGCACCACCACCUCCCGCACCUACACCCUUGACUAAAAUGUCAAAGAAGGAAAGGCAAAGAGCGGCAGCUGAAAGAGCCAAGAUUGAAGCUCAAUUAGAAGCUCAAAGACAAAGAGAAAUGUUUGCGAAACAACAGAUAUUCGGUACAAGAGGUAAUCAGGGCUUGUUAGCAUCUGCUCUGCAAAGAGGUGCCAGUAUGGUAAACCUGCAAUCCGCCAACGAUGCUCCUCUGAUUAGACCUUCACCUACACAUGUCCAAUUGCCUUCUUUAGCUUCUUCACCUGCUCCCGGCCCUUCUCUCUUGCGCAGCAAAUCCGCCGUAGCUAUGCCUGUACAAACAGGUGUCAGUGUCACUGUACCUCCACAUGCUUUAGAAACUGUUAAGGAAAAGAAACAGCAAAAGAGCAGUCAAGAGAAAGCAAAAGCUACGGUGGAAAUGGAAUCUUCGGAUGAAGAAGAAAGUGACGCUGAUAUGGAAUACCUGAACAAUAUUCAAACGAAACAGAAAAUCGCAGCCCUUGCUGCUAAACGAGAUGCCAAGGUACUAGCGCCUCCCGUUCAAGCUGCAAGUCCCAAAGAGCAACCUCAACCAACUCAGGCUGUCGCACCUUGUCGACGAUUGAACGAAUAUGGUUAUGUCCAACCCAUGAGUCCUACUACUAGAAGGAGACAGAUCAUCGUAGCUGAAAUGUCCGAAUCACUUCGAAGAAAUGUCGUUCUUGAACGAGAAAAGUCAUCAGGUGGAGGACCUCGUGCGCUUGGAUUGACCAGACCACCGCCUUCCAAUCAUAUAUCGAAAUUACCAACUCACCAUUCAGCUAUCAAUCUUACUCAAUAUUCUCGAAGCGGAGGCGGUGGAGGAGGAGGAGAAGGAAUGGAAAGGACUACAUCAAACCCAGCAAGAGCUAGUCCAAAUACGUCACAGCCCUCCUCACAUACAGGAGCAAUCACAAAUCUACCACGAUCACCCCGACCACCACCACCUCCAUUACAACCACCACCACCACUGGAGGCAUCUAGACGACGAACUACCCCAAACGUAUUAGGAGGCGGAAACUUCUUGAAACCUUUGACUAGAGCAACUGUGACACAACAAGUGCAACAACAACAUCAUCAUCAAUCGUCAAAACCUGAACCAGAAUCAAUGUUGCCUAUUCAGAGGAAACAAAGUACCCCAAGCGUGAACUUCACCAUCGCAGAAGGUGAAAGAUCGGAAUCACCAUCCUAUACUAAUGGUGACGGUGAUGCGCCAGGAUUAGAAGCCCCUGCAAUGAUGAGAAGGUCGACUGAAGGUGAUGAACUACACAAAGAGAGGGAGAGAAGAAGGGAAUUAGCGAGAAGAAGAGAUACAACUGAUACAAGUUAUCGAUUACAUGGCUGGUAA